AAAGCCAAAAAAAAAAAGGCUCAGCACCUCGACGUGUAACGCGAUGCGCAACUGAAUCUCGACGGCGGCGCUGCCAUCCCGGGGCGGCUCAGGUGUCCUCCCCCGUCGCCGGGCUCGCGCCACGUGCCCGCGCGUGCCUCUUCCUCGCGCCCCAAAGCCAGCAGCCAGCUGACGCGCGGCGCGCCACCACCGGUGCCGGCAGGCAGCGCGCUACGCUACGCAACGCGCCGGCAAAUCACUUCACAGCUCGAGCACAGUGCCCCGGGAGAUCGAGGCCGGGCCGGAGCAGAGGGAGGGCAGCGAGGACCACGACGAGACCAAAACCAACACGGGCGAGACUACGGACAGGCAGGGGAGCGACGCGCCAAGAAAAGGAAAGGGUGGCGGGGGCGUCCACGAGCCCCCUCUCGGCUGCCGCCACGUCGCCCGCCGCCCGCCACCGCGCAUCGAGCCCGUCCGCUCCGCCCUUUUAGGCCCACGAGCCCUGCCUGCCUGCCUGCCUCCUCCAUUUACGGCGCGCGCAUGAGAAGCUCCCGGGGCCGGCCAUUGUUUCUGGCCUCGCCGUCGUUGUUGCCGUGCUAGCUGCUGCCGGGACGAGGGAGCCGUCAUCGGCCGUGAUGGGGCUUGCCGGGGAAAGGUCGCCCGUCAGCGGCGGAGGGUUCAGUGAAAACGGCAAGUUCAGCUAUGGCUACGCAAGCUCUCCUGGGAAAAGGUCUUCCAUGGAAGACUUCUAUGAAACCAGAGUAGAUGGUGUCGAUGGAGAGACAGUUGGGUUGUUCGGCGUUUUCGACGGCCACGGUGGAGCUCGAGCAGCAGAGUUUGUCAAGCAAAACCUUUUCACCAAUUUAAUCAAGCACCCAAAAUUCUUCAGUGAUACCAAAUCUGCUAUUGCUGAAACUUACACUCACACCGACUCAGAACUUCUGAAAGCUGAUACCAGCCAUCAUCGAGAUGCGGGGUCGACCGCCUCCACAGCUAUUCUUGUAGGUGAUCGCCUUGUGGUUGCAAAUGUUGGGGAUUCUAGGGCGGUCAUAUGCAGAGGAGGGGAUGCUAUAGCCGUGUCAAGAGAUCACAAGCCAGAUCAGACGGAUGAGAGGCAGAGGAUAGAGGAAGCUGGUGGCUUUGUGAUGUGGGCUGGAACAUGGCGUGUAGGUGGUGUUCUUGCAGUUUCUCGAGCAUUUGGUGACAAGCUCUUGAAGCAGUAUGUCGUCGCUGAUCCAGAGAUCAAGGAGGAGGUUGUGGACAGCUCCUUGGAGUUCCUCAUCCUUGCAAGUGACGGGCUGUGGGACGUGGUGACCAACGAGGAAGCCGUGGCCAUGGUGAAGCCGAUCCUGGAUUCAGAGCAGGCCGCCAAGCGCCUCCUCGCGGAGGCCUCCCAGCGGGGCAGCGCCGACAACAUCACCUGCGUCGUCGUGCGCUUCCUGGAGCAGAACAACGGGAUGGGCAGGGUCACCAACAACCAAGCCUCGUAAAAUCAUCACAGCUUGCUGUUCUGUCGUGACACCCCACAAGCAUACAUUUUUACUUCGCUUUCUGCACUUUGCUUCAUUCUAGAUGCAGUCAACCAGCGUGAUGUGCAUGUUUGUUUUAUUUUUAUGCUGCAAGUGAAUGUAAAACGAACGUCACUUGCGUUUGUAUCUUGGAAUGAAAUCUGGGAAAGAAUGGAAUCGAUUCCCCAAUCAAACGUUUGUUCAAAGUUCAAA